AUGUGCUUCAUGUUGCAAGUAGUGGACCUUGUUUGUUCUAAAGAAAAUGCAAAGUGUAUAGAGAGUGAGAGGGAAGCACUCCUUCAAUUCAAAGCUGCCAUGGUGGAUGACUUCGGCGUGCUCUCGUCGUGGAAGGAGAAGAGCAAUUGCUGCCAAUGGAAGGGUGUUCAUUGCAGCAAACUCACCGGCCAUGUGCAAAGACUUGAUCUCAGUUCAGAAGCUGAAUACAUUGAACUCAGAGGAAAGAUUCCAGAAUCAUUGUUGGAGUUGCAACAUUUGAGGUACUUAGAUUUCACUGGGAUUCAUUCCCAGGACAAUCAUAUCCCUGAAUUCUUUGGUUCUUUAAGAAAUUUGAGGUAUCUUAAUCUGUCACAUUGUGGUUUUGGUGGAAAGAUUCCAACUCAAUUUGGUUCUCUUUCGCAUUUGAGAUACUUAAAUCUUCAAGCUAAUUUUCUAGAGGGUUCAAUUCCAUCUCAACUUGGAAAUCUGUCCAAGUUGCAAUAUCUAAAUCUUGAUGUCAAUGAUUUAGAAGGAACAAUACCAUCUCAAAUUGGAAACCUUUCAAGCUUGCAAGAGCUUUAUCUCUUCAAUUUUGGUACUCUCAAAAAUGGUGAUAGUGGUGGCCAAUGGCUGUCCAAGCUCAAUUCUUUAACCCAUCUUGAUCUGAGUCAUGUAUUGAAUCUUGAGAAUUCUCAUUACUUGUUCCAAAUUGUUGCUAAUCUGUCCAACCUAAGAGAGCUAAGUCUAACCAAUUGUAAAUUUUCGGAUCAUUCCAUCUCUUCAUUUUAUCCUUUCAAGUUCAAAUCAUCAAAUUCCUUAUCUGUCUUUGAUCUUUCUUUGAACCACUUCACUUCAUCCAUGAUAUUCCAGUGGGUGUCAAAUGUCACCUCAAACCUCAUUGAGCUCAACCUCAGUGAUAAUAACCUCUUUGAGGAUCAUGUAUCAAAUAAUUUUGGCAUGGCAAUGAAUUCUCUUGAGAAGCUUGACUUAAGAGAUAAUAAACUCAAGGGGAGCGACAUGAAGUUGUUAUCGAGUAUCUGCACUCUUCGAUCAUUAUACUUGUCCCAAAACAAUUUUACUGAAGAUCUUGCAUCAAUUCUUCAUAAUUUGUCAGCUGGCUGUAUGAGGGACUCACUAGAAGAAUUGGAUUUGGGCAAUAAUCAAAUCACUGGCUCAUUACCUGACCUUUCAAUCAUUCCAUUCUUAAAGCAGUUAGAUCUUUCACUCAAUCGGCUAAGCGGAAAGAUACCUGAAGACAUCACAUUGCCAUCUCAGUUGGAAUCAUUUUCAAUCUCAGGAAACUCUUUAGAAGGUGUAGUUCCAAAUUCAUUUGGGAACACAUGUACCUUGAGGUCAUUAUAUUUUUCAAUGAACAAUUUGAGUAGGGAGCUUUCAUUGAUAAUUCACCACUUAUCUGGCUGUGCUAGAAAUUCACUCCAAGAAUUGCAUCUAGAAGGUAAUCAAAUUUAUGGAACAUUGCCUGACCUCUCAAUAUUCCCAUCUUUAGAGAAAUUAUCUCUUGAUGCAAAUAUGCUAAAUGGGAGGAUUCCUGAAAAUAUUCAAUUUCCACCACAAUUGGAGACUUUGUACAUGGGAUCAACUUCUUUGGAAGGUGUGAUUACCAAUCAUCAUUUUGCUAAUAUGUCAAAGUUGAAGGUGCUGGAUUUGUCUGACAACUCAUUGUUCUUGACAUUUAGCAAUAAUUGGGUUCCUUCUUUUCAACUGAGAGAGAUAUACUUGAGAAAUUGCAAGUUAGGUCCAUCUUUUCCCAAAUGGUUGCAAACACAAGAUAACUUGUUGAGCCUUGAUAUUUCUAAUGCUGGAAUUUCAGAUGUUGUUCCACACUGGUUUUGGACCCUACCAUCAUGGAAGCUAGAAUCAAUGAACAUUUCAUACAACAAUCUUACAGGUACUAUUCCAAAUUUUCCAGUAAGAUUUAGUGAAUACCCAUCGAUAUCUCUGGCUACAAAUCAAUUCAAAGGUCCGAUCCCACCAUUCUUGCAAAGAGCUAUCUCCCUUGAUCUGUCUGAUAAUAAAUUUUCAGACUUUGAUUUGUUUGCAUGUGCCAAUGGUAUAGUUGAACAAUUAGGCAAAUUGGAUUUUUCAGAUAAUCAUCUAUCUGGGAAAAUUCCAAAUUGUUGGAGCAAGUUCAAGUCUUUAAGCUAUAUAGAUUUGAGUAAUAAUAAUUUGUCUGGAGAAGUUCCUACCUCAAUAGGAUCAGCUCUUCAACUUCAAGUGUUGAUGUUGAGAAACAAUCACUUAACUGGGGAGUUACCAUUCUCAUUAAGGAGUUGCACAAAGUUAGUAAUGUUAGAUGCAGGGGAAAAUGAACUAUCAGGGGUUAUACCUUCUUGGAUCGGGGGCGACUUACAACAAUUGCAGAUGUUGAUCUUGCGAAGAAAUCGCUUCUAUGGAGGUCUACCAUUGUCUCUUUGUCACUUAGCAAAUAUUCACCUUUUGGAUAUUUCUUCUAACAAUCUAAAGGGACAAAUUCCUACAUGCUUCAAGAACUUCACUGCAAUGAUUAAGGGAAUGGUUUCAGCAAUGCCCUAUGAUGAUCAUAUUUAUUUUGUCAACAAUACUUUGCAAGGAGCUUCUGAUGGUCUCAUGGCAGAAGGACAACAGUAUGAUUUAACUACUUUGUUGAUGUGGAAAGGUGUGGAACGGAUGUUGAAGAAUGACAAAUUACUUUUAAAGGGAAUUGAUCUAUCAAGCAAUCAGUUAUCAGGAGAAAUUCCAACAGAACUUGUGAGUUUGGUUGAAUUGGUUACCUUGAAUUUAUCAAGAAAUAAUUUAUCAGGUGAAAUUCCUCUAAAGAUUGGUAAUCUUGCAUCACUAGAAUUUCUUGAUUUGUCUAGAAACCAUCUAUUUGGUUUGAUUCCUUCUAGUCUUACACAAAUCAACCGUUUAUCUAUGUUGGAUUUGUCUCAUAACAAUUUGUCUGGAGAGAUUCCAACUAGCACACAAUUGCAGAGUUUCAAUGCCUCAAGUUAUGAAGAAAAUCAAGAUCUUUGUGGGCCACCUCUUGAGAAAAUGUGUUUCAAAGGAAAAUCAAGGCAAACAUCUUCAGCAAAAACCAAAGAAGAUGAUCAUGAUCCUUUCUACCAAGCAUUUUACAUGAGCAUGGGAUUGGGAUUUUUUGUUGGAUUUUGGGGCAUCUUUGGCACCAUUCUGUUCAAUCGCUUUUGGAGACAUGCUUACUUCAAAUUCUUGAACAAGUUGACAAACAAAGUUAUGUCAAGGUGGUAG